AUGGGAUUCGACAUCUGGGGGACUUUGGCACAGUGUUUAUUACUUGAAUAUCCCUGUCCUCUUCUCGUCGUCUCGUUCCGAUCCUCUCCUUUCCCUUAUCAUCUUCCUCCUACCUCCUUUCCCACUCGCUCUUCCUCCUCCGCUCCUUUAUUAUUCACAAUGGCGUCCGCUGCUAGAUCUGCCUCUCGCGCUUUCCUGCGCUCCUCCUCCAUCAGACCCGCUGUCCGCAGCUCUCGCUUCGCCCUCCCUUCGCAAGGCUUCCGCGCCGCCUCUCGCCGCGGCUACGCCUCCGAGGCUAACACCGGAAAGUCGUCCAACACCUUUCUGUGGGCUGGUCUUGCUGUCGCGGGUGCCGGCGGUGCAUACUUCUAUCUCCAGGGCGGAGAUGCUGGCGUGAACAGCAAGACCUUCGUCCCUACCCAGGAGGACUACCAGAAGGUCUACAACGCCAUUGCUGAGCGUCUCGCCAACGAGACCGAUUACGAUGAUGGCAGCUACGGGCCGGUCCUCGUCCGAUUGGCCUGGCACGCAAGUGGCACCUACGAUAAGGAAACUGGCACUGGAGGCAGCAACGGUGCUACCAUGAGAUUCGCUCCCGAGUCUGACCACGGUGCCAAUGCUGGUCUCAAGUACGCGCGGGACUUCCUCGAGCCCAUCAAGGCCCAGUUCCCCUGGAUCACCUACUCCGACCUCUGGACCCUUGCCGGUUCCUGCGCCAUUCAGGAACUUGGCGGCCCCGUUAUUCCCUGGAGACCCGGCCGUUCUGACAAGGAUGUCGCCGCCUGCACUCCUGACGGCCGUCUCCCCGACGCCUCCAAGAACCAAGAUCACAUCCGCGCCAUCUUCGGUCGCAUGGGUUUCAACGACCAGGAGAUGGUUGCCCUGUCCGGUGCCCACGCCCUUGGCCGCGCCCACACUGAUCGCUCCGGCUACGACGGUCCCUGGGACUUCAGCCCUACCGUCUUCACCAACGAGUUCUUCAAGCUGCUCGUCGAUGAGAAGUGGCAGCAGCGCAAGUGGAACGGACCUACUCAGUUCACCGACAAGACCACCAAGACCCUGAUGAUGCUUCCUACCGACAUUGCCCUCGUCAAGGACAAGGAGUUUAAGAAGCACGUUGACCGCUACGCCAAGGACAGCGAUGUCUUCUUCAAGGAGUUCUCCGACGUCUUCGUCAAGCUCCUUGAGCUCGGUGUUCCUUUCGCCAGCAAGGCUGAAGACCGAUAUGUGUUCAAGACCCUCGAGUAG